AUGGUUCAGAAGUACAACAUCUUUGGCACCCAGGUUGGGUCUCACUACCUGGCGAUGGGUGUUCUCGGCGGAUUGUUCGGCGGUGUCUAUGCCAUGGUCGGCGGCAGCAAGGCGAAGCCCGCCACUCCCCCAAUCAACGCUUCCAGCCCCGACGAGGCCGACUUCAUCAAGAAGUUCAUGGAGCAGGCAGAAGCGGACGAGAAGAAGGCGGGCGCGACAAAGCACUAG